AUGAAGUCCGUUGCAUUCUUAGCACUCCUUGGAGCUGCUCAGGCACAUUACACAUUCCCAAAACUGUCCUACAAUGGGGCCGCAUCCGCCGAAUGGGAAUUCAUCCGCGAAACAACCAACCACUACAGCCACGGCCCGGUACAAGACGUCAACGACUCUCAGCUCAGAUGCUACGAGCUGAAUCCUGGCACGGGGGCGAGCGGAAUCAAGACCGUCACUGCAGGUAGCAGCAUCGCUUUCCCAGUCGACCCAUCCAUCCAGCACCCAGGACCUAUGCAUUUCUACUUGGCCAAGGUACCGUCAGGGAACACCGCGAAGACAUUCUCUGGUGAGGGAAAUGUCUGGUUCAAGAUCUACGAGGAGCACCCUUCCGUCACCGACUCAGGAUUGGUGUGGUCGUCAAACGGCGCGACCCAGGUCAGCGUGACGAUCCCCUCAUGCGUCGCCCCAGGAGAUUAUCUCCUCAGAGUUGAGCACAUCGGUCUCCACAGUGCAGGAGAUAAGGGCGGAGCGCAGUUCUAUAUUGGCUGCGCUCAACUGACUGUAACCGGCAGCGGCUCCAAAACGUUCAGCGGUGUUUCUUUCCCCGGUGCUUACUCCGCGAGCGACCCAGGUAUCCUGAUCAACUUGUACUGGCCCAUUCCAACGAGCUACAAGAACCCGGGCCCUGCCCCAGUAAAGUGUUAG